AUGCUACUGCUAAAAAAACUCCUAGUUUGGGGUUUAGGGCCAGAUGAACACACUCGUGUUAUGGGAUGUAAAACAGCAAAAGAAAUAUGGGAUUUACUAGAAAUAACCCACGAAGGAACUCAUGAAGUUAAACGUUCUAAAAUUGAUAUACUGCUUUCUAAAUAUGAACGUUUUGAAAUGGGUUCAAAAGAAACUAUUCAAGAAAUGUUUACUCGUUUUAAAAAUAUUACUAAUGAAUUAGUUUCUCUUGGUAGAGUUAUUCCUAUGGAUGAACAGGUACGCAAAAUUCUAAGGAGUCUUCCUGAAGAUGAACGGUGGAGAUCCAAAGUGGCAGCUUUGCAGGAAUCAAAGGACUUUACAACUUUCAACCUUGAACAACUUGCAGAGGAUUCCGAAUCUGGAGAGGAAGAAGCUGCCAUGCUAGUCAGGAAGCUAAAAAAGUUGUACCGCAACAAAAGGUUUGGUGACCAAAAGAAAAGGAACUUCAAGAAAAACCAAUAUUCCAAGGAAACUGGAGGAUGCCACAAAUGUGGGAACACAGAUCACUUCAUCAAGGAAUGCCCUCUCUGGGAAUCAGAAAAAGGAAAAGGCAAAAUGAAGGAACACGGAAAAUCUAAUACUCCAAACUUUUCAAAAUCUGAUUACAGGAAAGCCAUGAUAGCUGCGUGGGGAGACACAAGUUCCGAGGAUGAAGAAGAAUCCACGGAAGAAGAGACGGCAAACCUGUGUUUGAUGGCUAAACAAAGUGAGUCUGCUAAAAAGUCAGAGGAGGUAAAUCUCGAACCUAAAUUUCUGAAAUCCCUGUCAAAAGACAAAUUAAUUUCUUUGCUCAUAGAAACUUUGGAUGAAUAUAAAGAAAUAUGUCUUAAACUUGGACAAAAUGAAAAAGCUCUAGAAAUCUAUAAGGAUCAUAUGAAAUAUUUGAAUAGUUCAAGAACAGAUGUUCAGGGAAGAUUCUUUGAUUUGCUAGAUAGAAACUCUAUGCUAAAGGAAACAUUGGAAAGAGUCAAAAAUGAAAAUAUCAUGUUAAAUGUUGAAAUGACUCAGUAUAAAUUGUUAUGCACUAACAUUGAUUCUAAUAAUGCUCUUCAAUUGCCUUUAGUAACCUUUAAUGAUGAUCUUGAAAAUUUGAAAAAAGAAUUGCAAGUUACUAAAGACAAAAAUGAAUCCCUUGAAAAGGAUUUAGAAAGAGCUAGAAACAACAAAAGUGCAAUCCACAUGGGAGUUCCAAAGUGGAUAUCUGAAGCUCAAACCAGAAGGACAUAG